AUGCGCGGCGCAACCCGCAUGGUUGGCACCCUGCGCACGUCUCGCUUCCAGCUCAGACAUGGGCGGCACGUGUUCCAGGCAGCCGGGCCGCCGCUCGCCACGGGGAGGCCCUUCCAGUGCUUGAGCCACUCCACGAAGGCUGGCGAUGAGGCGCCGCUGGCUCCGAGACCUUCGGAGGUGCUGGACAUGGAGGAUGACGAGGAGGACACAGAUGAGGAGGAAGAGAACCCGCCACCCUGGAGGCAGCUCAAGCCCUGGCGUUGGAGGCCGGCCGAGGAAGACCUUGGCUGGCUGAAGAUGUUUCAGCUGCCCAAGGUGCAAGAGGAGGAGACUGGGAGGAGCUACAUUGUAGGCAUCUACACUGCUGGCAUUUGCUUGUUCUUCACUGCAGUGUGGUGGGGCCCUCCGCAAGUCCGCGCCAUCUUCCGCAAGGAGCCAGCGCCGAGCGCACCCAGCGCCUGA